GCUUCUCUUUUUCCCGUUCAGUUGAGCUCAUCCCCUUCGUCGUACUCGCAAGUUCCCGAACCACAUUCUUUACCUCAACCCUAUCACCCCACCGGUUUUCCUUCCGAGGAACCGUCGAAGCAGUACUUGGGCGAUUCCCAGCCUUUUUCAUUAAACCAGUUUUCUGCUGACAGACCUAAAUUUAUUGAUGCUUCACAUUUAUUUCGGCAUCCUCAUCGGACUUCGCGGCCUGAUCAUUUUGUGAUAAUCUUUCGGGGCCUCCCAGGUAGUGGUAAGAGUUAUCUGGCAAAGAUGCUGCGUGAUCUUGAGGUUGAAAAUGGCGGUGAUGCACCUCGAUUUCAUUCUAUGGACGAUUAUUUUAUGACAGAGGUUGAAAAGGUUGAGGAUAGUGAGGCAUCAAAAUCUUCAAGUUCAGGCAGAAACAAGAAGCCUGUGACAAAGAAGGUCAUGGAGUAUUGUUAUGAACCUGAAAUGGAGGAGGCUUAUCGGUCAAGCAUGUUGAAAGCUUUCAAGAAAACUGUUGAGGAAGGAGUUUUCACCUUAAUUAUUGUGGAUGACCGCAAUCUGCGGGUAGCUGAUUUUGCUCAAUUUUGGGCAACUGCAAAGAGAUCGGGCUAUGAAGUUUAUAUUUUAGAAGCUACGUACAAGGACCCAGUGGGUUGUGCUGCUAGGAAUGUCCAUGGAUUUACUCAGGAAGACAUAGAAAAGAUGUCUAAGCAAUGGGAAGAAGCUCCAUCCUUGUAUCUGCAGCUUGAUGUAAAGUCUUUAUUUCAUGGAGAUGAUCUAAAGGAAAGCAGGAUACAGGAGGUUGACAUGGAUAUGGAAGAUGAUAUUGGAGAUGUAUUACCUCCAGUUCAAGGAAGAGAAGCUGAGAAAGUUGUUGACCCUGCUGUUGGGGAAGAUGCGAGUUUCCUGGAAAAAGCUGGGAAAAAGUGGGAUGCUGAAGGGGAACAUCCAACAGAAGUGAGGGAAUUGGGUAAAAGCAAAUGGUCAGAAGAUUUCAGUGAAGAUGACAUUGGUCAAACGGAAGGUAUGAAGGGCAAUAUUAAUGCUCUGUCUGGGUUAAUUCAUCAAUAUGGCAAGGAACGAAAAUCUGUACAUUGGGGUGAUCAGGGUGGCAAGACAGGAUUUUCAAUAGGGGCUGCCAGGAAGGUAAAUGCUUUGUCUAUAGUCAUCGGACCUGGUGCUGGAUACAACCUGAAAUCUAAUCCAUUACCUGAAGAAGAUAGUCCAAGCCGUAAUAGUGUGGAAUCAAAAAAGCAUAGCAUAUUUCAAGAACGAAUCCGGGCAGAACGAGAAUCCUUCAAAGCUGUCUUUGAUAGGAGACGACACAGGAUUGGCGGACUUGAUGUGGAGGAAGACUAAAAAAGAGAGCGACAGCAAUGCAAGAUGCUUUCACAAAAUAUGCACUGGAUAAAUUAUUUCCAGGAUUUGAACCCGUCACAAGAAGACAGUUCUACUUUCCUGAUGUAAUCAAAACAGACGGGUUAAUCUCAUACUUUCAAUUGUUAGAGUAGUUUAAGUGACAGAGCAGAGGUGAAUUUUUGUGAAAUGAUGUAAAUUUUAUCCAAGGAUAAUAUAUAUACACCGGAUGUAUUAAGCUCA